UAUUCAAGUCAAUAUCAGCUGGCGUGGACUGUUUUGAACUCAACCCACCUCUCUUCAACGUUACAAAUCCGGGAUCUUUCUGCACACAUUCCGACCACUCUCUCAUCACCUCGCCGCUGCAACUCGUAUCCGUACAGUUUCCGAUGGAAUCUACGGCCGGGCCUUCUCAUAUCCAUGGAACAAAAAAAAAAGAACCAAAACCUGUUGGUCCUCAGCCGCAAGUACUUGCCGUGGCCCCUCUCAAUAGCAUGCCAUAUAUUGGCCCUGAUAUGUCCUAUUCAUUGCCAACUGAAGCAGAUGGUGGGGCUCCACAAAGAGUUAGGCCAGAUAUAAUAUUUAUGCCUUUUGGCCCAAUGGAGGAAGAGCCAGAUAUAGCUGUCACGAAAAAUGGAGUUGGGCUGACAGGGAGUGCAGCCAUGGGAAAGGUGGGAUCAAGUUUUGGACUGGUUGACAUUGGUGAGUUUGAGGAUUCAUAUCUAUUCCGUGUGUCCCUCCCAGGGGCGGCAAGAGAUGAAAGAAGAUUCAGUUGUGAUAUUAAACCUGAUGGCAAUAUUUUGAUAAAGGGGGUAACAACAACAGGUGAGAAAAUAGUGUGCAGGAACUUCCAAAUUUUUAAAAUGCAAACCCAAAAUCUAUGCCCGCCAGGGCACUUUUCUAUCUCGUUCCAGCUGCCAGGUCCAGUUGAUGAUCAACAAAUCUCUGGUGGUUUUGGAAUUAAUGGGAUUUUUGAAGGGAUCGUGAAGAAAAGAUAACCAAAAAAAGUACUUGGUCAGCAUACACCUGCCUAAAAUGAGGACCAUGCAUCGGUAAGAGGAUUCAAAUUGAACACACCACAAAGACAUGGGGAAAUUGAAGAGAAUGUUGAUCUAAGUGGUGAAAAGAGACAUGAUUGCUUAUGAUUCAACAUAAAAUAUGGACUUGAACCGAGCUGAAGAAAAUAGCAUUCACUGAGCCAACUCGAGCCAACUUUAAUCAUUGGAAUUUGCAGAGGUUUUGUUGAGUUAAACAUAUACUAAUUUUUGAUAAAUUUUUAGAUGGAAAUUUUAGUACUUUAAUUUACUAUCAUUUUCAUCUGUUUGGGAUAUAAUGAGUUUUGAGAAUUGAGUCUUUUGUCUUAAACUUGUUUUAUCCCUAUAUUAGAGUUGUAUGAAAAACUUAUUUUUCUCAGGAUGUACAUUCAAAGGAAUGUUUUGAGCAUGAAUUAAGAUUGGGAUAUUCUUUA